AUGGCCAACGAAAUUGCAUUUAAGUUGAAACAACUACACUCCCCCUCAUCUCCCAUCAUCUUCUCCAAUGUCUGGGACGUUGCAUCUCUCAACGCUAUCCUCUCCCUGAACACCGCAGACACCAAGCCCGUGAAAGCCAUUGCAACAGCAUCAUGGGCCAUUGCCGCAAUCUUGGGAGUCAAGGAUGAGGAUCUCACGCUCGAGCAGAACCUCGCCGCCAUCGCACAGAUCGCCCCGGUUGUCAAAGCCGCAGGCUUACCGCUAACCGUCGACAUUCAAGACGGGUACGGCGAGAGAAUCGAAGAGGUCGUGCAGAGGGUGAUUGCGUUGGGGGCGGUGGGCGCCAAUAUCGAGGAUAGCAUCCCGUCGGCAGGGUUCGGCAAAGGUGUCGAUGGGUCACUGUACGACGCGCAGACGCAGGUCAGUCGCCUGAAGAGGGCGUUUGCAGCGGCAAAAGAAGCCGGGUGCCCUGACUUUGUCGUCAAUGCUCGAUGCGACGUCUUCCGACUGGAGCCGUACUUCGCCAACGACGACCAAGGGGCUCUGAGGGAAGCGGUUGAACGAGGCCGCAUGUACCUCGACACGGGAGCCACGACUGUUUUCUACUGGGGCGGUAUGGGCAGGGGCUUGCGCACAUCGGAGGUUGAAGUGCUCGUGCGAGAGCUCGGGGGACGCGUUGCUGUGAAGCUUGGUGAUCAGCCUGACUCGCUUUCAACGCAGGACCUAGGUAACAUUGGCGUAGCCAGGAUCAGCGUCGGGCCCAGUCUUUACAUGAUUGCGAUGAACGCUAUGAAGAAGGCAGCUGGCAGGAUACUCUCUGGAGGAAAGUUGGCAGACUAA